GUUUAUAUCGUAUGUUCAACCAUUGGCAGUAGGAUUUCGGUUGCAUACUGAUUUGGGUGUGCUGUAGCUAAUGUUCUUGAGUGAUUCCUAAUUAUUUCCCCCACAAUGUAUGGCAAAAACAAAUCUGUCGGUAUUCCCUCCGAUGCUCAGUCGAAAGAAAAAUUGGCUGUAUAUGUUUAUGAAUACCUUGUGCAUAUUGGUGCACAGAAGACUGCCAACUCUUUCCUUCAAGAGAUUCGAUGGGAUAAGUCAAUAAGUGUUGGUGAACCACCUGGAUUCUUACAUUCUUGGUGGAGCGUAUUUUGGGACCUUUAUAGCGCCGCCCCUGAGAGACGGGACACGCAUGACUAUUCUAGCGAAGCGAAAGCAUUCCACGAUUAUGGUUUUGUAAAUUCUGGUUACCCGAAUGGAUUACCACACCCUAAUCAUCCUGUAAUGUCUGGCCCUGCGGGUGUUAGCGGUCCUGGUGGUGCUGGGCCAGGCAUGCCUCCUCCUCUUGGACCACCGGGUCCCGACCCAGUAUCAAUGAGACAAAGGCCUUCCGGACCGCCUUUAAUGCCAGGUAGUGGCUUACAGAACGCUGGACCUGGGCUUCAAGGACCUUCUCCGCAUCACCCAUCGGUACGCUUUCAUCAGCCUGGAGCAGGCGGAUAUCCAGGGAUUCCUGUUGGUGGUGGUAUGAUGCCACCUCAUGCAAAUUUGCUACCAGGGUCUGGCCCCCCACAUCCUAUGCACGGAAAUCCUAUGAUGCCCCAUCAUCAUCAUCCUUCUGGAGCAAUUGUAGGGCAUCCUCGCCCUAGAUGGAUCGGUCCGUCCAUUCCGCAACAACAAGCGGGUGGUCCUCCUUGCCCCCCUCAACAAGGCGGAGGGCCACCUGUCUGUUCGGGAUCAGCGGGACCAAAUUCAGUCUCGUCCGCCGGACCUGGUAGUGUUGGUCCAGGUUCUUGCGGCGGUAGCGGGAUUGUUCCUAGUCCUGGCCAUCCCGGCACACCAACUCAACACGCUCCCCAUCUUGCUGCACCUAGUCCAAUCAACAAUCAGUCUAAUGAUCACCAACCACCUGGAAGUGGGAUGUCGAGCCAUCCACAUCAUCCCACACCUCCGCAUUAUAUUGGGGUCAACCACCACCACAACAACAAACUCCACCAACCUCAAACUCUUGUAUCCCUCCAGAAUAUGCCACACGACCUUCGCCACAUCUCGUUUUCAGCGGUGGUGGGCCUGGUUCUACUCCUGAUAAUGGUAUGUUUGGUGCUGGUCCAGGUUGCAGUGACUCGGGAAUGCUUAAUGGUUCGGUAGGCCCUCCCCGAAGUAGUGGGAUGAUGCCGCCUCCUCCCCCAGAUUAUUCUAGUGGCAUGCCGUCUUCUGCAUCAAAUCCAUACCCACCCGGUUCAGAUCUCAAAGCCUCACCACUGCACGGCGGUCCUGGAAUGGGAUGUGAUAUGAUGAGUCCAGCAGGUGGUCCUCCCCCAUUAAUGCCUUCGGAUUAUCCUCCUGGUAACGGUCCAGGAGGCAAUGGACCUGGACAAGGUAACAGUGGUUUCCCUGGUGGUCCCGGGACUCUGUGAUGAUGAUGCCUCCUCCACAACAACAAGGAAAUGUCCUGCAACAACAACAUAUGGGUAGUGGUCCUCAAGGCCAAGCUCCUCCACCUCCUCCUCAAUAUGUUCCUUCUGGUGCGCAGCACUCAGGGUCAAGUGGGGUCCACCGUCCUCAAUGCAGUCAGUUUGUGGCGGUUCAAAUCCUAGUCCAGCUGGUGGUCCAGGAUCCGUGCAGUUUCCGCAAGAAUACUCGUUUAGUCAGAUGUCUUAAUAAAGUCAAAUCCUGUGCGACUACCCUAUCAUCGAAUGGCUUCUGCUGCAUAAUAAGCAGUUCGUAUAUGUUAGUGUGUCUCAGUACCACUCCGUGUAUCUCGAUACGUGCUUGUCAGUUUGCAAAACUUAGAUUCGAGUGGACUUUUUCAUGAAUCCCAUAAUUGUAUCCUUAUCCUUUGUCGUCACAUAUUUUAGCCAUCAGUCAAUGUAUAUGUUUGGUUUUUCCCAUAUCUGGAAGAUGUGGUAUAUACAAAGUCAGUCCUGGCAACUGUAACACAAUAUUAAUAUUAAUAUAAUAUUCCUUGAUACCCCGGUAUCAGUAAUGGUCUCCAUCACCCAAACUAAUCAUUUAUUUUGCUAAUGAAGUUCCCAAUUUUCUUGUCAUGCCUGCUUUCAAUGCAUUUAAUUUUUGUCAGUAUUUUACUUCCUAGUAUGUGACUUGCUUAAUCAUAAUUUGUCUCCUUCAGUGUUAUUUUAUAAUGGAGAAUAAAUUAUGUCUUAAUGAUAAUUGAAUGCUUACUUACUACAGUUUUGAUUUCCAUGCAAUGCUUUCUAUCCUAUAAUAUUAUUUUCUAUUGUUUUCUUUGUUUACUUUGAUUGCAAUAUUUCUUUUCUAAACAGUUUUUUGACUAACGACAUUCAUAUUUUAGUUGUUUUUUUGUCAGAGUUUCUAAUCAUGGACAUAAUUAUUGUGUUUUCUUCGGUAAUUAAGCGUAGCAAUAUUCCUUUAAAAAGGCGAAAACUUAUUGCCGUUUGAGUGACAGAUAUUGCUGUGGAUGCAAUACAUAUGUUUUACAACUGAGCAUUUUUAACUUACAUGAUUAAAUCUGAUUUAUAACUUUUCCUGACGUAAAUUGUUUUUAUCUUUUAACUUCCUGCUAUACCAUAUUUUUAUCAAUUCACUGUAAUACUUGAUAGACGUCUUGAACUUGACAUUUGUGUUUUCGCAUAUCUGUGUAAGUAAUGUCUGCAUUCUGUCUUUUUUAAAUCUUCUGUUCAUUAUUUUAUAGGGACAUUUUCAGGUUACCUUACCGCUAGUUGUAUUAAUCAUGUUUCAGUAAUAUUCACUUGGAAAAUUUCUGGAAUACCCAUUCCGUGUCAUAAAAUAUAAUAUGUCGCCUCAUUAUGAAGAGUUGAAAUCCAG